AUGGAGAAGCUAGUUCCUUUAGACUACAAAAUAACCAUCGAUCACCCCAUGUCUACCCGGAGUUCUCUCAAGGUUCAUCCACUCUACGUCUACUCCAUCAUGUACCAAAUCGCUACCAUGUCAUCCAAACACUUCAUCCACGACCCCUCCCACCUCGUGAAUACUGCCCUCCUCAGCAUUCCCCUGACCAACCCCUCUGUCCAAUGCGACAUCACCAACAAGAUAAUUUACCGUAAACCCAGUAGCAGCGCCUCGCAAGUCUCCAUCGUCUCCGGUGGCGGCAGUGGGCACGAGCCUUCCUUUGCGUCCUUUGUAGGCGCAGGGCUUCUCUCGGGCGCUGUCGCAGGUUCGAUAUUCGCGUCGCCGAGCGCCGAGCAAAUCCGAAGAUGUAUACUGCAUCGGGUGCAAAAGGACAAGGGUGUACUGGUUAUUGUGAUGAAUUACACGGGUGACGUAUUGAACUUUGGAAUGGCAGUGGAGAAGGCGCGCGCAGCGGGGUUUGAGGUCGACAUGGUGGUUGUGGGGGAUGAUGCUGGGGUGGGGAGGGCGAAGGGGGGCAAGGUGGGGAGGAGAGGAAUUGCGGGGACGGUGUUGGUACAGAAGAUUGCUGGGGCGUUGGCGACGAAAGGGGCGAGUCUGAAAGAUGUGACAAGAAUUGCGCGACUUGUUGCGGAUAACACCGUUUCGAUUGGAUCCUCGCUGGCGCAUGUCCACGUUCCGGGUCGCCGGGAGCCAGAGGACGAUGAGCUGAAGGACGGCCAGGUCGAGAUUGGCAUGGGUAUUCAUAAUGAAGCUGGCUCCGAACGCAAAUCGACCGACCUCCCGGGGCUUGUUAAGACGAUGUUGUCGCAUUGUUUGGAUGUCGCGGACCAAGAUCGAAGCUUCUCUAAAAUCACCGAGAAAGACGAGGUUGUGCUGCUGGUUAACAACCUAGGAGGCGUUAGUCCGCUUGAGUUGAGCGGUAUCACGCACGAGGUGGUCGAGCAGUUGGCGAGGAGCUUCAAGAUCAAGCCUGUGCGCAUACUCGCGGGCACUUUCAUGACCAGCUUGAACGGAUUGGGCUUUAGCAUUAGCUUGCUUAGAGUCGCCGAUACGGGAUCAGUAGGCGCUUCUAUGCUAGAGCUGCUUGACGCGCCCGCCGAAGCGAGUGGUUGGUCUGCAGCGAUCAGUAGUAGCACAUGGGCAAGACAGGGGGAAGCAAAGAAGAGUGAAGAACAGGUAGACGAAGAAGAAAUCCAGCCUAGCACUUUGAGGGUCAAUUAUGCGCAGGCGAAGUCGACCUUGACAAGUGCGUUGAAUAGACUAAUAGAAGCGGAGCCAGACGUCACUAGAUAUGACACGAUAGUGGGAGACGGCGAUUGCGGGAUUGGACUCAAGCGCGGAGCUGAAGCAAUCGUGAAGAUGCUCGAAACGGCAAAGGAAACAGAAGAUCUGCUGAUCCUUGUGAAUCACAUCAUUCAAGUGGUCGAAGUGGCAAUGGAUGGCACAUCAGGCGCCAUCUACGCCAUCUUCUUGAACGCCCUAGCCCAUGGACUGCGACAGAACGCACCCUCCUCGCCACAACUAGUGACCCCUGCAAUAUGGGCCAAGGCUCUUGACUCAUCGCUCAAAGCACUUGGCAAGUAUACGCCUGCAAAACCCGGGGAUCGAACGCUCAUGGACGCUCUCUACCCGUUCGUGGAGACACUGUCCAAGACUGACGAAAUCGACAAAGCGGCCGCAGCAGCGCAGAUUGGAGCGCAAGGGACCAAGGGUAUGAAAGCGAGUUUGGGGCGAACGGUGUAUGUCGGAGGCGAAGGGUUCCAAGAAGUGCCAGACCCAGGCGCGCAUGGGCUUGCGGAGCUUCUGCUGGGCCUGAAUGACGGAUUGAAGAAGUAGGAUGGAGCACUGAUGAGGGCGUAGGAGGGUAUCGUUGCUUGAUUCGUUUGGCGGUGACAACCGUCAUCGUGACGGCUAUGUAACUUUUGAUUCAAUCCAGCCCCAAAUCGUAUGCGC